AUGGCCGGCCGCUAUUCCAACUUGCCACUCCCGACUCGCGAUUCACUCGAACUGGCCUCUCUCGCUUCGUCCUCGCAUGCCUCUCCCCGUUCUUCUCACGAGUCUUCUUCCUCGGGCGCGCCCUCUUCGCGCAGACUGUCCUUUGACGACGAGGAUCCCUUGUCCGAACUGAACCCUGCCGGCCAUGACCUGAGCCGACCGCGGCGCACUCGCACCUACAGCGUGUCCUCCGCCUUUGACUUUGCCCCGAAUCUGUUUCCUCUGUCAAGCACCGCACAGGGAUACACGGCCCUAGGCGCGCCUGCGAACCCGGCCUUGGAUCCUUCCAAUGCUCUUAAUGGCGGCUCAUUAGAGAAGAACAAGAGCUUGACAUACCUUAAUGGACUGUCGCUAGUAAUUGGUCUUAUAAUAGGGAGCGGCAUCUUCUCCUCACCCUCACAGGUCAACAAAAAUGCAGGAUCGCCUGGCGCGUCGCUGCUGGUCUGGCUCGUUGCUGGAAUAUUGGCAUGGACGGGCGCGGCGAGCUACGCUGAGCUAGGAGGCGCUAUACCCCUCAAUGGUGGCGCCCAAGUCUACCUGUCAAAAAUCUUUGGCGAGUGGGCAGGUUUCUUGUUCACAUGGUGCGCAGUCAUGGUGCUGAAGCCGGGCUCGGCAGCCAUCAUCGCGAUCAUCUUUGGUGAAUACGUGGUGCGCGCCGUCAUUGGAGCCGAGGCUGUAGAUGCGGGCACAUGGUUGAACAAGAGUGUGGCACUGGUAGGACUUGUGAUUGUCACACUGGUCAAUUGUAUCUCCACAAAACUGGGUACGCGAAGCGCCGACGUCUUCAUGUUCUUGAAGUUCUUCGCUCUGCUAGGGGUCACAGUAAUUGGCAUCGUGGUGGCAGCAACAGGUCUGUCGUAUAAAGGCAAGGCCAAUGACGACUGGAAGCAUCAUGGCUGGUUUGAAGACACGAGCGAAAAUGUCAGUAAUUGGGCCGUCGCGCUAUACGCCGGGCUGUGGGCAUUCGAUGGCUGGGACAAUGUCAACUAUGUCACAGGAGAAUUCAAGAAUCCCACUCGUGAUCUUCCCCGCGUCAUCCACACCUCCCUCCCGCUCGUCAUACUCUGCUACAUUCUCGCCAACAUCUCCUACUUCCUUGUCCUCCCCGCGUCAGUCAUCGAGUCUUCCAACACCGUCGCUGUAGCCUUUGGCUCGCAAGUCUUCGGUCCCGUUGGCGCCCUAAUCCUCGCCUUAUUCGUCUCGGGCUCCUGUUUUGGCGCGCUCAAUGCUACAACAUUUACAUCUGGUCGCCUCGUCUACGCGGCAGGCAAGGAGGGCUAUCUCCCCUCCAUGUUCGGCAACAUAGGCCUAGGCAAGAACCACUGCGCUAUCCGUCUACACUCCCUCAACGCAAACCAAUCAAAGAGCAAAAUACCCCAGAAACUCGUGGAUUGGUUCGCAGAUGAAGACGCAGGCUUCUUCUUCACUCCGAUUUCUGCCAUGUUACUCAACGCCUUUCUCACAACCAUCUACAUCAUCGUCGGUUCCUUCGAUACACUAGUCACCUUCUACGGCGUCGCGGGCUACGCCUUUUACUUCCAAACCGUCCUCGGUCUUAUUGUCCUGCGCGUCCGCGAACCAGAUCUAGAGAGACCGUACAAAACGUGGAUCACCACGCCCAUCAUCUUCUGUUGCGUCAGCCUCUUCCUGCUCAGCAGAGCCGUCUUCGCCGAGCCCCUCCAGACGCUCCUCGUCGUCGCCUUCAUGGUUGUCGGCCUCAUCAUUUGGUUUGCAUGGGUGGGACGGCGUAGGGGGAAGGAAAAUACAAAGUUCCGUAUGCCAGAUGAGGGCAGCGAGAAGGUUGGAUGGAAGUUCUGGCAGCGGUGGAGGAAAUGA